GAGUGUUUGGAGCUCACAUCGCUUGCUUCCUCUCACGCAUCCCGUGUCGCACACUUCCUUCGAAGCCGCCAUUGCUGCCACCGGGCUCUCGUGCCCAUCGGCAUUCUCCCCUGCGGCUAGACCCGGCAUUCUUUCUGCACAUCGCCUUGCCGGGCAUUACACCCAUCGAGCGACGUUAGGCGUCUCUGUGGCGCAGUGGCCCCGGUCCCGGUUUUCGCGAUCCCUGAUAUUCGGCUCCGGGUUGUCGAUCUGUCGCAAUGAAUCAACAGCCGCAAUACCAACCGCCGCGGCGGACAGGCACUUUUUCGUCUCAACACGAUGAGAUGCACAUGCCGCAGGGCAUGACGGGCCACCAGAGCCAUCAGGGUCACCAAGGCCACCAAGGACACCAAGGACACCAAGGACAGCAGCAAAUGUCGCCCCGCGACUACUCGACCGGCGCCCCGCACAUCAAGCUCGACCAGGCGCCCCCGAACCUGCCCCAAGUGCCCGGCUAUCAAGGCCCCGGCAGCGUGCCAAAUGUGUUGCAGCCCGGCGGAUUGGGCUCCCGACAACCCACCGUCCCCUCCAACACCGCUCCGACCCUUCCCAGCAUGCAGCAGCAGUCGGACUACCAGUCGCACCAGAGCCAGCCAUCAAGCAAGCACACCUCGAUGAAUCUGUCACAUUCCUACACUCGCUCGAGCCCCUCCGGGCCCUACGAAUCUGGAGGGUCCGGCUACGUACCAUACACACCGACGACCCCCGGCGGCAGCGCUUCCUCCUCACAGUACAUGUCGCCCACCGAGCCAAAGUACAACACAUCCUCAAACUCUCAGCGUGUCCCCAACACGCCACUCGGGCUCGCCGAUAUCCGUCCCCGUGCUGACUCGAGCCUCUCGGAUGGCUUGCCCGGCACCCCCGGGUCCGAGCCAGCAAGCGCGCAGUCGCGAACUAGCAAUUACAUGGCCCCCUGGGCACUCUAUGCCUUUGACUGGUGCAAGUGGGCUCCCCAGGGCAACAGCGCCGGCAAGCUUGCCAUUGGUAGCUAUUUGGAAGACGGCCAUAACUACAUACAAAUCCUCGACGCCCAGCUCAUUCCCACGCCGUCCGACGUCUACGUUCCUGGGGGUUCUAAGUGGUCGAUGGACUUCACAAAAAUUGCCGAAGCGACACACUCAUACCCCGUCACCCGCCUGCUGUGGGAGCCGCCGUCGUCACAGAAGCAGUCUACAGACUUGUUGGCCACCUCGGGAGACCACCUCCGGCUCUGGUCGCUUCCCUCCGAUACCCAACAGCCUACGCCUGGUUCAUCCAUCACGUCGAGGAACGGCCGCGACCCGCCAGUCACCAAGCUUACCCCCCUAGCUCUCUUAUCAAACUCCAAAACCCCCGACCAUACCGCGCCGCUCACCUCGCUGGACUGGAACACCGUCAACCCGAGCUUGAUCAUUACCUCGAGCAUAGACACGACAUGCACAAUCUGGGAUAUCCCCUCUCUCACGGCAAAGACACAGCUGAUCGCUCAUGACAAGGAAGUUUACGAUGUGCGGUUCUGCGCCCAGAGCACCGACGUCUUCGUCAGCUGUGGCCAAGACGGCAGCGUGCGGAUGUUUGACCUUCGCAGCCUGGAACACAGCACCAUCAUCUACGAGCCCACAGGCAAAGAAGACAGAGACUCCAACGGUGGCCGUAUAAGCCCGACCCUAGCCCAGCAAACCCUCUCGCACCCGCCACCCCUCCUCCGCCUCGCAACAUCCCCACACGACCAACAUCUCCUGGCCACAUUCGCCUGCGACUCCAACGUGAUCCGCAUCCUCGAUGUCCGCCAGCCGGGCCAGGCCCUUCUCGAGCUCCGCGGCCACGGCGGUCCCGUCAACUGUGUCGAAUGGUCGCCCCUGCGCCGCGGCACGCUCGCGUCUGGCGCCGACGAUUGCCAGGUACUGAUCUGGGACCUAAUGAGCCACAACAACCCACAAAUUUCUGGGAGUGGGGGAGCUGGGCCGAACGGAGUCUCUGGACACGGUGCGCCCGGUGCGGGUGGUGAUCAUGUGCGGAGUCCCGUGAGCGGUUGGCAGUGUGAGUACGAGAUAUGCAAUCUCGGAUGGGUGCCGCGCCUGGCAUCGGGAGGAGAGUAUGGCGAGUGGUUGGGCGUUAGCGCUGGGCGAGGCAUCUGGGGUGUUCGGCUAUGAUGGGUUUCGGGGGUUGACUGAUUGAAACAUGGGAAGGGCGGUGGUUAUACCGUAUGAAACAGAAAGACCGAUGAGGGGGAAAGA